UGCAACUUGCAUCUCCAAACCACACGCAAACACUUGAGCUUCUCUCUCUCCCUCCUCUCUCUUUCUCUCUCUAGGAAUAGCUUGGUGAGGACUAGGGCUUUGUAGUGAUAGAGAUGACAAAGGUGCAUCCGAACGCCGCCGCAGCAGCAGCCGCAGCAGCGGCCGCAGCCGGCGGCAGCCAGGCUCUCGGCCAGGUCAGGAGCUUCUCCAUGGCGUACGAGGAGGAGAAGGUGCUGACGGUGUGGAAGAAGUCCCUGCUCCUCAACUGCAACGGCUUCACCGUGUACGACUGCAAGGGGAAUCUUGUUUUCCGGGUCGACAACUACCUCGCCGGCAACAAGGGCGAGAUCGUCCUCAUGGACGCCGCCGGCAAGCCUCUCCUCACCAUCCGUCGCAAGAGGUUGAGCCUCAGCGACAACUGGCAAGUCUUCGACGGCGAGACGGCGGCGAACCCUCGCUUCACAGCGAGGAAGCACACCAACAUCAUCAACACCAAGAGCCUGGCCCAGGUGAGCGUGGGCAGCGGCGGAUCCGCUAGUGGGAGCUCCUCGCCGUCCUCGGCGCCGUCCUCGCCGUCCUCAUCCUGGUCCCCCAGGAGCGGCGGCAAGAACGUGGCGUACGAGAUCGAGGGAUCGUACGCGCAGCGCUGCUGCACGGUGUACGACGCCCAGAGGAGGGUGGUGGCGGAGAUACGGCAGAAGGAGGCGGUGGGGAGCGACGUGUUCCGGCUGGUGGUGAAGCCGGGGAUGGACAUGGCGGUGGCGAUGGCCCUCGUCAUCCUGCUCGACCAAAUGUUCGGCUCUUCCAGGCGGUUCUCGAACUGAAUCGACGCCCGAAACGACCUCGUUUUGGACAGCGAAGUACAUUAGAGAGACGUACAUAAAUUCUGACGUCAUAUAUAUGAAUACAAUUUGGAAGCAGCACCAACCACAAACCAUCGACAAUCUCCAACCAUUUUCCCUCUUUUAGACAGUCACAUAAAAAAUAUAUAUAUUUCCCCACUUUUUUUUUAUUUUUUUUUUAUGUUUUUUAAUCUGAGAGUUUUUUUUUUUGUUGCUCUUUUUUUGGAGCUUCGUUUUUUUUCCUUUUAAAUAAAAAACCAAGCUCCAAGUGGGGAGAUAUAUAUAUGCUGUAUUAUUGUGUAAUUUUCUCUCUUUUUUUGCCACUUUUUUUCCUUUUU